GAGAAGCGUUUGCAUCUGCAGGGUGAAUAUAGCAACCUAGGCAUCUAUUAAUGUGUCUAUGAUGUUGACGCAUCGAGACUAUGCAAUACAUCACGGCAUCCUCUAUUGAUGUGAGGUUAGACUGUAAAGCUUCUAUGUUCUUAACUCUUGCUUUUAGUAGUUUUACAACUACAUCUCAUUCCAUUUCUCCAUUCGGCAAAUCAACCUUCGACCUCCGCAAUCCCUAUUAACGUUAAUAUGUUGAAACAAGAGAAUCCAGACAACCCCUCAAACAUCCAACUUCAACACGUCCUCUCCUACCUCCCUUCCAGCUCUCGGCCCAAUACCGCACAAACUCAGACCUCGAUCAAAAGCACUGACAGCGAGAACACGGCGAUACGCAAGGAAGUCCUAAGAUUAUACAAAGAAGCACAAUCUGCGCCCCGGGCUUCUAUCACAGAGAAAGUCUCGACACCUAUAACACAGAUCGACGAUGGGAAUACUGUGUCAUGGGAAGGAGAUGAUGACCCCCAGAACCCACUGAAUUGGCCUAAGCGGAAAAAAUUGCUAAAUUUGGUGGCUAUCUUCUUCAUACCUUUCGUGUCCUCAGUCUUCGCACCCGCAAUAUACGACAUGAUGCCCGAGUUCCGCCAAAUGGACAUCUAUCUCGCGGGCUUUGUGAUCUCUGUCUCCGCCCUUGGUUACGCCCUCGGGCCGCUCAUCGUUGGCCCCCUUUCCGAGUUAUCGGGUCGAGUCGUAUGCUACCACGUCUGCAAGCUAAUAUUCUUUACCUUCACCCUCGCAUGCGCUGCUAGCAACAGUCUCGAAACCCUUGCCAUUCUCCGCCUCUUUGCCGGCUGCGGCGGAAGUGUUGUUUUCACGCUCUCACCAGCCACUAUCACGGACAUGAUACGUCCAGAGCGGCACGGCGACGUCAUGGCAAUUAUUGGCAUGGGGUAUAAUUUCGGCCCGGCUGUGAGUCCGAUUGUAGGAAGUUACCUCAACGCUGCGGUAGGGUGGCGCUGGAUCUUCAAACCAACUGGCAUCAUGGGCGCUGUCUGCGUUAUACUGUCCUUCCUCUGCCUCUCCGAAACCUACGAACAGGUGCUCUUGAGACGCAAAGUGCGCCCCUUGAAAUGCACGACCGGGAAUCAGAAACUACACUCGAAAUUCGAUAACGAUUUUCCCUGGUGGAAACUCUUCACCAAAGCGAUGCUGCGACCGCUGAAAAUGCUAUUUUUGAGCCCGAACGUGUUUCUAGUGAGCCUUCUCACAGCAGUCGGAUACGGAUACAUGUAUUUGCUUCAUUCGACCUUCCCGUCAGUAUUUAUGCUACUGUAUCAUUGGCCAACGAAGAGGUUUGGACUUGCGUAUCUCGGCACUGCUGUUAGCGAUUUUAUAGUAAAGAGGAGGGCCGCGAAAGGGGAUAUCAAGCCGGAAAACAGGUUGAUUCUGAUGGUAUUCAUCUGGCCCUGUGUGCCUGCGGGACUUUUUUUGUACGGAUGGAGCGCACAGGAACGGCUACGUGUCAUGGUUCCACUUUUUGGAAUUGCUAUCUUUGGUUUCGGGUCCAUGUCGGCGAUUCUCUUCUCAUCCACAUAUAUUGUCGACGCAUACAAAACCCACGCUGCAUCCGCCACAGCCGCAAGCUCGGUCCUUCGCUCAAUCUUGGGUGGGCUGCUUCCCCUGUUCGCUUAUAAAGUCUAUAGUGACAUAAAAUUUGGUCAAGCAAAUUUGCUGUUAGGGGGUAUAGCGUUGGCGCUGAGUCCGGUACCAUGGUUGUUUUAUAAGUGUGGGGAGUGGUUCAGGGAGCGAUUCAGAGUGAACCUGUAGAGGGUGGGGGAGCUUAGAGUUGAGAAAUUGAUGUGGGAGUUUUGAGGGAGACUGCUGGAUUUGACGGAGACAGAAGCUCUUGUUGGGUGCAUGGAUGAAUGAUUGGGAAGUCAUGUAUUGUACCUUAUUGUCGAG